AGUCCUUCCUGCGGUCGGGGCGGGGCGGCGCAGGCCCCGCUCUGCUCGGCAGCGGCCGCGGCCCGCCGCAGCAUGUGAGCCCGGCGGGGCGGGGAUGCUCUGGCUGCUCUGCGGCCCCUCCCGCGCCAUGGAGAGCCAGGCGCUGGUGAUCCGCAUCAGGAUCCCCGACGGCGGGGCCGUCGACUGGACUGUUCACUCGGCGCCUCAGCUGCUCUUCAGGGACGUGCUGGAUGUCAUCGGUCAAGUUUUGCCAGAUGCAACGACAACAGCAUUUGAGUAUGAAGAUGAGGAUGGUGAUCGGAUUACUGUUAGAAGUGAUGAAGAAAUGAAAGCCAUGCUAUCCUAUUAUUACUCCACUGUAAUGGAACAGCAAGUAAAUGGACAAUUAAUAGAGCCUCUACAGAUAUAUCCAAGAGCCUGCAAGCCUCCUGGGAAACGGAACAUACAUGGCCUGAAGGUAAAUACGCGAGCGGGGUCUGCUAAUAAUAGCAGUUCGGCAGUCUCGGAUUCCCUUCCAAGCAAUAGCUUAAAAAAAUCUUCCGCAGAGCUGAAGAAAAUACUUGCAAAUGGCCAGAUGAAUGAACAAGACAUACGGUAUCGAGACAUCCUCGGUCAUGGCAAUGGAGGCACAGUCUACAAGGCAUAUCAUGUCCCUAGUGGAAAAAUACUAGCAGUAAAGGUCAUACCCUUAGAUAUAACACUGGAACUCCAGAAGCAGAUAAUGUCGGAGUUAGAAAUUCUUUAUAAGUGUGACUCAUCGUAUAUCAUAGGAUUUUAUGGUGCUUUUUUUGUAGAAAACAGAAUUUCAUUGUGUACAGAGUUCAUGGAUGGGGGUUCUUUGGAUGUUUAUAGAAAAAUUCCAGAACAUGUCCUCGGAAGAAUAGCAGUGGCUGUUGUGAAAGGCCUUACCUAUUUAUGGAGUCUAAAGAUUUUACACAGAGAUGUGAAGCCGUCUAAUAUGCUGGUGAACACGCGGGGCCAGGUGAAGCUGUGUGACUUCGGGGUUAGCACGCAGCUGGUGAAUUCUAUAGCCAAGACGUAUGUUGGAACAAAUGCUUAUAUGGCGCCUGAGCGGAUUUCAGGAGAACAGUAUGGAAUUCAUUCGGACGUUUGGAGUCUAGGGAUUUCCUUCAUGGAGCUUGCUCUUGGGAGGUUUCCAUAUCCUCAGAUUCAGAAAAACCAGGGAUCUUUAAUGCCUCUCCAGUUAUUGCAGUGCAUUGUUGAUGAGGAAUCGCCCGUCCUUCCAGCCGGGGAGUUCUCUGAGCCAUUUGUACACUUCAUCACUCAAUGCAUGAAAAAGCAACCAAAGGAAAGGCCGGCACCUGAAGAUUUAAUGGGCCACCCGUUCAUCGUGCAGUACAACGAUGGGAACGCAGAAGUCGUGUCCAUGUGGGUGUGCAGGAUGCUUGAGGAGCGGCGAUCGACCCAAGGACCGCAGUGAGCUGGACCGGCCCCGCAGCGGCGCGCGAGACGGCAGCUCGUCCUGGACCAGCAGCACCAGCCCCGCGCUUCGGACUCUCGGUCUCUCUGGAUCAUAUUUUACUAAAAAAGUAUUUUCUAGAAGCAUCAACGAAAUCUUUCAGGGUAGUUGGUGCUGCCUUUCCCUCACCACCACAUUAAGGAAUUUUCUUCCCACAUUUCUUUUGAUGCUGAGCAAUUUAAUGUCCUCAGAUUAUCUUCAGUUAAACUGUACACAGCCUUAAAGCAAGUAUUUUAUAUCUGUAUUUUUUUGUUACUGAAUGUAUUGUAUAUUUCCUGGC